UCGAAAAGGACGAGGCCUGUUGUUAUAAUGGACCUAGCAAGCUUAGCUUCUUCCAAGUUCCAACAUCUCCCCCUAAUCUGCCAAUUUCCACGCUACCGACUGGCCGGAGGCCUUGCUAGCUUAGAACAUUGAGAAACUCCACCGCAUCUAUCUAUACAAGCGGAGGAGUUUGCUCAAACCCAUUAUCGGUGCUGAGGUCGAAGCAUGGUCUGAGAGCGGAGUUUCUAAACCUAGCGGAUCCACCGAUUCUGCAACAUCAUCCAACUGAUAUAGGACAGGGGGAGUAGAAGAAUAAUACUUCGAAAUAUUGAGAAUAAAUUCUCAUAAAAAUGUAAGGAUGGUAAUAGAGAUGGAUAUCCAACCCGUUGGGCGGGGGUUUGGUGGACGUUUUCUAUCCAUGGAUUUUCAGGCCAUCCACAAACUCAUGGAUGGAGAAAUGGCCCAAUAGAUGCCCGCUGCAUCCCAGACUGAUAGGGUGCGCUGGUACCCACAUUCUGCUUCGUAUUUUCCCUGCAUAGCCACACUAAGUCAGCCCAUCGAUCGAGCGGCCUGGGAAAACAUUGGUGCACGAAGUGGUAGAUAAUAAUAGCCAAUGGGGCGGAUCCGAAACCGACAGAUCGCGUCACAGGGCAGCCAAGCUGAGCAGCCAGUCGCACCACCUCCUUCGGGAUUGCUUGAAAGGCUUGGCGUAAGGGAUGGAACGUCGUUAUGCCUAAUAGCAGCAACAUUCACACUGGCCAGCAGUUUAGUCAAUUUCCAAGUGUCUCUAUUAGGUGAUGAUGGGUUUACCAGCAAGGAGUACUAUAGUGAGUUGGUAACUGGCACAAUGGAGGUAGCUGUUUGCGGCCCCUAUAUAGUUCUGAAAUCGCAGGAGUUCGUGUCCAAUCUGUUGCCGUCGUGGAACACAUGCCGUCCUAACGUGCGGAUUUUCAGAGACACGGUCAUUCUUGUGGUCAUAUCUUAUCUGAUACUACUGGACAUCAACUGGAGCUUCGUCUGGCUCGCCAUCUUUCCCGUCACAGCCAUUGUUUUCAUACGAGCUCUGUACCUCAAGUUCAAUCGUCGUACUGGUGGCAGGAGUGUUCAAGGCACUCCAGGAUCUUCUAAGGUCGUUGAGAAGACCAACAGGAAAGCUAUGGAGUUUGUGAGCAUAGUGAUGAUGACGCUUGGGGCGCUAUUGGUUAUGGACCAGCUACCAGACCAUGCAGCCUACGGUUUCGCCAUCUCCCAGUUCCUUCUGUUCCUAAGCUGCACGGUGGCGGCGCUGACGCGCAUGAUGAUGAAGCUGCCGGCUGGCGCCUCGCCAGGCAUAGCACCGGCAUCGGAGAUGCUCCACAAGACCCUGCUUAUCCUCCUACUGGUGACUGGGCACACGGUAGCUGCAGAGUGGCUGGGCGAGGAAGUCGUUGUGCUCUGCUUGCCGGAGGUCAUCCCUGUGCUUCUUUGGUUCAUUCUUCACAUCGACCGUAAACCAGGCAGCAGCUCCGUCAUGAGCGUCCACAAAAUGAAGGCACACAUAAAUUGGCUUGGCUUGAUCGGUGCCGUGGUGGUUGCUCCUCUUUUCGCGUACCUGUUGUUCACCAUGGAUGAAUCUGGGCUCUCCGGCUGGUGUAUGACAUUCCAGGUGUCAUGUGGCGUCUCAGGGAUCCUGACAUACUACCUUGUGUUCAUGCUAAACCACUGGACGAGGCAACAAGUUGCAGCUGCUGGCAAGGAGGAUGGGGCUUCCGGUAUGCUCAAGUUAUGGGCCUAUGCUUUGCUGAUAGCGUGGGCUGCGUCUCUGCUGCUCAGGUGUCUGGUUUCUCUCCGGCUUGGGCUGCAACUACCACUGCAUGCAACGGCUGUGUAUGCCGGUAAUAUUUCUGGUUUUAGCUACUCAAAUUAAUACUAUAUUGUGUUUUCUACACCCUCGGUUUUUAAAUAUAAGACGUUUUGGCAGUUCAAAUUGAACUACCAAAACAUCUUAUACUCAGGAACGGAGAUAAUAAUUUGUACUAUAUGUAAUGUUGUAGCGUGUUUGUGAAAAUACGCGGUGCUGUGAGUCUUGCGUGCACAUGCAUCAGUGUGCUAGUUAGUUGUAAAGAAACCCAAACAAUUUGGAGCUAACUAGCAAGCUAGUGUAUUGUACUACUAGUGUUGCACGUGUGCAUGCUACUGUGCUAGCACCCAGUAGUUGUACAGGUUCCGUGUAGUAAUAUAGUUGGAGGGAGAGAGAGCUAGCUGUGUGGGCAUAUUGCUAAGCUAGUUAUGUGUGCGUCCAUGUGAUUUUUUAAGACUGUAUAUAAUCAAAUACUCCCUCCGUUUCUAAAUAUAAGUCUUUUAGACAUUUCAAAUGGACUAUAAUAUACGAAUGUAUGUAAACAUAUUUUAAAGUAUAGAUUCAUUCAUUUUGCUUUGUAUUUA